CAGUUAAAGUUUCAAUUUCAGUUUCAGUUUCAGCUGACAUUCGACAAUGGACUUCACGCUGAUCUUGUUGACCUCGCUGCUCACUAUUUUGCUGGGCUAUUUGCGGCACUGCUACAACUAUUGGGAGCUGCAGGGUGUGCGGCAGCUGCGUCCGCAUUUUCUGCUUGGCCACUUCUUCAAGCUGAAGUCCGUGCAUCUGAGCGAGCUGCUGCAGGAGACCUACGACGCGUUCAAGGGCAAAACCCGCGUGGCUGGCACCUAUCUGUUUAUACGGCCCAUGGCCGUGGUGACCGAUCUGGAUCUGGUGAAGGCCAUACUCAUCAAGGACUUUAAUAAGUUCGUGGAUCGCUCGAAUACGCCGCUGAAUCUGCCGCAGAAUCCGCUGGCCGGUCAUCUGUUCAAUCUGCACGGCGAGGAGUGGCGGGCGCUGCGCACAAAGCUGUCGCCCACAUUCACCAGCGGCAAGAUCAAGUACAUGUUCGGCACAAUAAUGGGAGUGGCCCAGCAGCUGGAGGAGACCUUCGAGCAGGAGGUAGCACAGGCAGGCAGCACCUUGGAGCUGCACGAUCUGCUGGGCCGCUACACGGUGGAUGUCAUUGGCAGCUGCGCCUUUGGCAUUGAGUGCAACAGCCUCAAGGAUCCGCAGGCUCAGUUCCGGGUGCUGGCACGCAAGCUCUUUGCCAAUCACAAGCGCAAUGUGCGCUGGAAUCUGUUCAAGGUGAACCACAUGAAACUUCUGCUGAAGCUGCACAUCAAGACGCGCACCUUCGACGAGGAGUACACGGAAUUCUUUCUGCGCCUCGUCCGCGACACAGUUGAGCUGCGGGAACGCGAGAAAAUUAGGCGCAAUGAUUUCAUGGAUCUGCUGCUCGAUCUGCGCCGCACGGACCAGAAGAUGGGCUUGUCCGUGGAGCAGCUGGCUGCGCAGGUUUUCGUUUUCUUUAUCGCCGGCUUUGAAACCAGCUCCAGCAACAUGAGCUAUGCGCUCUUCGAGCUGGCCAAAAAUCAAUUGGUACAGCAAAAGCUCAGAAAGGAAAUUCGCAGCGUGCUGCAAGCACAUGGAAAACUAACCUACGAGGCCAUGAUGGAGAUGCCGUACUUGGACCAAGUGAUAAACGAGACUCUGCGUAAAUACCCGGCUCUGGCCUCGCUGACACGCGUUCCCUCCGAGGACUACAAGCUGCCCAGCGAUGAGGGGUACGAGUCGGACGGGCACAUAGUGCUGGAGCGCGGUAUAAAAGUGCAUAUACCGGUGCGUGCCAUACACUACGAUCCGGAGAUCUAUCCGGAACCCCAUGAAUUUCGACCGGAACGCUUCGAGCCGGCCGCCUGCCAACAGCGUCAUCCGUUGGCCUUCCUCGGCUUUGGCGACGGGCCGCGCAACUGCAUCGGACUGCGCUUUGGGCGCAUGCAGGUGAAGGUGGGCCUGAUCACAUUGCUGAGCACCUACCGCUUCAGCCUGCCGCCCGACGGACCCGCCGAGCUGCCCAUUAGCAACAGAAACCUUCUGCUGGUGCCCGGCGAGGGUGUCCGACUGCGUGUGGAUCGACUUCAGACUAACAGUCGCGACGAAUGUAAAUAAAUUCAAUAAAAACAACAACAAAA